AUGAAUAUUCAGAAUAAUACUGAUAAUUUAUUUUAUGAUCAAAAAAAAAUUCAUCAAAAUCGUUCUAUUUUGCGGAGAAACUUUUCGCAGAUUUCAGACAAAGUUGAGCUUGAAGAGCAGUCUAGGGAUGUAGAUCCAAGUGUUUUACAUUUGAUUUCUCCUCACAAGCCCCUUUAUAUAAAUGAAGGUGAUAUGGAGAAAGAAAAAUUAUUUCUUAUGAAACAAUUGCAAAAGAUAAAGGAAGAAAUUGAGAAAUACCAAAGAGAUAUAUAUAAGCUUCAAAAAAGCAAAAAAGAUGAUGAAAAUCGGAAUCAUAAAAAUGAGGAUGAUCUUAUAAAAUCGUUACUUGACUUAAACAAUCAUUUUUUGGCAAAUAGCUCCGAACCUAAGAUUUUUGUUGAUGAUACGAUACCCUCUUCAUUACCUACUCGUGUUGAAAAUCCCAUUCCUCAAUUACGAAUUUUUAAUCAACUCAAUUUUCACGAUACUUCCAACAGAAUCGUUUCUUCUGAAGAACAUGGUCAUUUGAUUCGUGAGCAUCGUUUAAAAGGAGAUUGUUGUAAUGGACAUGUGUUUUUUGAUGUUGAAAUGCUUGUAGAUGAAGGCACUUUAUCUGUUAUAUCUCUAAAUGUCAAAACAUCUCCUUGGGCAUAUUCAGAAUUGCAUGAAUUUCUUGUAUUGUUGAGUUCCUUGAAUAAUUUGCAUGAGUUGUUAAUCUCAUCUAGAAUGAUGAAGGAUAAAAAUGUUAAUAAUGUUUUUUACGGGAUUUCCUCUUAUUCAAAAUUGUCGUCUAUACGCUGUAAUUUAUUUUCUCGUUUAUCUAAUAAAUACCCACAGCUUUUGUCAUAUUCUGGUAAUUAUGUAUCCGAACCGAGUAAAAGGCAACCAGAUGAGUUUUUUGGCAUACAGUAUUUACAUUUUAUUCAUAAGAAUGGUUUUGAAUUAACUUUACAUUGGAAAAUAAAGAUAGAUAGUAUUACAGCAGAUGCUAGUAGCGAUAUUUCUGCUAAUCCAAGAUAUCCUGAGAGUUGGGAAUUAUUUGAUGAAAACAAAGCUUUACGAAAAAUUAAUGUUAUGUUUCAAAAAAUGAUAAAAUGUAAAGGAGUCUAUAACGCCAGCAUUCUUUUGUUAUCAAGUGUGUUCCAAGUCGAUUCAUAA